AUGAGAGAGAGAGACAGAGUUGCUGUGGGCCUGUGGCCGGUGGAUGCAUUGCUAUUGCUAGUUCCAAGGGAUCAAUCACGUUGGGACGCCAAGCGGCAGCCGCGCGCCGCAAGGCUCAAGGUCUACCCGCUCCUGGGCACUCUCCCUCACUUCCUCAAGAACCACCACCGCUUCCUCGAGUGGACCACGGACAUCCUGACGCGCGACCCUACGCACACCAUGUCCGUCAAGGCCCUCGGCCUCACCGGCGUUGCCAUCACCGCCAGCCCUGCCAAUGUCGAGCACAUCGUCAAGACCAACUUCGCCAACUACCCCAAGGGCGAGCUCGCGGUCUCCAGGCUCGAGGACUUCCUCGGCCACGGCAUCUUCAACUCCGACGGCGACCAGUGGCUGCGGCAGCGCAGGGCUGCCAGCUACGAGUUCGGCAGGCGCUCCCUCAGGAGCCUGGUCGUCGACGCCGCCCGCUUCGAGGUCACCGAGCGGCUGCUGCCGCUGCUCGACCGGGCGUCGCGCGACGGCCGGACGCUGGACCUGCAGGACGUGCUCGAGCGCUUCGCGUUCGACAGCAUCUGCCGCGUGGCGUUCGGCGACGACCCGGCGUGCCUCGCCGAGGACAGCAUGGCCGCGCCCGGCCGGAGCGCCGAGUUCAUGCGCGCCUUCAACGACGCGCAGAACGCCGUCAUGGCCCGCUUCAUGUCUCCCGUCAAUUCGCUGUGGCGCCUCAAGAGGCUGCUCAACGUGGAGCCCGAGAGGCGGAUGCGCUCGGCGCUCGGCACCAUCCACGGCUACGCUGGUAGGAUCGUCCGCGAGCGCAGGGAGAGGAGAAGCGAGGUCGGCCUGGCGUGCAGGGACGACUUCCUGUCGCGAUUCGCCGCGGCCGGCGAGCACAGCGAUGAGAGCCUCCGGGACGUGGUCACCAACUUCCUCCUAGCUGGGCGCGACACGACGUCGUCGGCGCUGUCCUGGUUCUUCUGGCUGGUCUCCACGCGGCCCGACGUGGAGGACAGGAUCGUGCGCGAGGUCCGCGCGGUGCGAGCCUCCAGCCAUCAGGGUAGCAUCACGGGCGCGGCGACGUUCAGCGUUGACGAGCUGCGCGACAUGCACUACCUCCACGCCGCCAUCACCGAGUCCAUGCGGCUGUACCCGCCGGUGGCCAUGGACACGCACGGCUGCAGGGAGGACGACUUCCUACCGGACGGCACCUUCAUCGGGAAAGGGUGGCUGAUAAGCUACUCAGCGUACGCCAUGGCGCGGAUGGAGGACAUAUGGGGCAAGGACUGCGAGCUGUUCAAGCCGGAGCGGUGGCUCGGCGAGGACGGCGCGUUCCGGCCGGAGAGCCCGUUCAAGUACCCGAUCUUCCACGCCGGGCCGCGGAUGUGCCUCGGCAAGGAGAUGGCUUACAUCCAGAUGAAAUCCGUCAUCGCGUGCGUGUUGGAGAGGUUCAGCUUCCGGUUCGUCGGCAGCGAGCGGCGGCCUGGGCUCGUGCUUUCGCUGACACUGCGGAUGGAUGGUGGCUUGUCAAUGCAAGUGAACAGGAGGAGCUAG